AUGUGUGAUGUUGAGUAUUGGGUGUGUAAAAGGUUUCAUGACAAGUUGGGCUUUGGAGGUGGCGUAGGGGGUGCUUUAUUGUGGAGUGAGGUGGGUGUUGAAUAUUCAAUGCAAGAAAAAAGUGCAUCAGAGUGCUACAGUCGAGGCUCUGCAAACCAUGACGAGAGCUUCACCGGCAACGGCGAGGACACCAACGUUGCUGACGAGAGCUUCCACACCGGCUACGGCUCCAGUGAGUUCAAAAACUAUUCCAACAAUUCCAACGUCCUCGAAAUGCAAUUCGCCACCUACUCUAACAGCACCGAUGCGAGAACACAAUCGUUCUCAAGCUACAGCAAGGACGAAAACUCCGACGGGCAGAGUUUCCAAUCCUACGGCAAUAACUUCUCCGGCGCGAUGAACAAACUCCAACGUUGCCACGUCAGCUUUCAAGAACUACGACAAGGGAGGUGUGAGCCCCAACAAUAG